AUGAUACAAUCAGAUCUAUAUUAAGAAGGAAUGCUCGACUAUAAAGAAUGUAAUGUAAAAACCUCUGAAAAGGCUAAAUGGGUCAACAGAAUAGUCCCUUUAAAAAAUUAUUUAGUUUUCAUUUAUUAUGAAGGAGGAUGUUAUGAAUUAUUUAACAUCAAUACAGAAGAAUUAAUUCUAAGUGGAGAACUUCCUGAGAAGAUAAGGUUUUUUCUUGAAAUUUACACAAAGUAAUUCUAAACAAUAUUUAAUAGAGUUUUGGUAUUUCAUGACCCCAUAGAUAUGUAAAUAAAAAUAUUAGACUUGAAAGUUAAUUAAGUCAACCCUAAUUUUGCUUUUAGAUCAAGUGAAAAAAUAGAUAUCAAUAGUGAUGAAGAGACUAGAGAAAUAUUUAUCGAUAGUAAUAUAAUAUUAGAUAUUUUGAAUUUAGGCUAUUCUUUCUUGAUUGUAAAGAAAAAAAGACUAAAUAUUUAAUAUCCUAAGAUUUAGAAAAGUAUUACUCAAAUAAUAAUGUCUGUCAUUUCAAAAUAAGAGUUUUACCUCUUGAAUACGAUCCUUCAACAAAUUUUAAUUUAAAGCCUGUUGUCAAUUAUGACUAUCCUAAUAGUAUUUAAUAAACUGAAUUCUAUCAUUGGUUAGUAGAUGAAGAAACUUUAACUGUUUUUGGAUAAGACAAUAAUAACUAUAAAUCUGAAAUUCUUUUUAUAAAGCCUCAUUUAAUGGAUAAGUCUUUCUACAUAGUUCAUACAGAACAUAAAUGUUCAUACACAAUAAUGAACGUCACAAAUUGGGUUAAACCAUAUUAAGUUGCUAUUUGGGUAAAUUGUAAUGAUGGUGUAACAGGAUCAAGUAUUUUUACUAUUGAUUUAAGAGAUUAUUAUAAUGGUUAAUAUUGGUUACCUGAACCUAAAUAUACUCCAUUACUGGUAAUCAUUCAUACUUAAUUACUACUAGGCUAGCGAUGAGUAUUUUAAUGAAUCUGAGAUUUUUAUGGAUAUUUAUGGAUUUAAUAUAAACUCAUCUCUUGUAAUUCAAUUACAAUUAGUGGGCUCAGAUGCUAAAAUGAGGCUCAUAAAUUAUUAUAAUAUUAAUAAACCAGAAAUUAUUAGUGAAGUCAUUGUCAACUAUUUUUGGAUUGAACCUGCUGUUGAUCAUUCUUAAAUUGUACUCUUUAAUGAUAUAUCGUAUUUAUUCUUAUUUAUACUUUGAGUUAAUGAUUAAAUAGUAAAAUUUUAGAUAUUUUUUACUUAUGCAUAAAAUGAUGUUUUAUUAUGGAUUUUUGAAAAAACUAAGGUAAUCGAAAAAUAUGGCAUACAUGUUGUCG